GUAAUGUGUUUUACGAUUUUCAUUUUAUAAUUUGUUUUAAUUAUUUACAAAAAAUAUUGAUCAUCCUCGUUACUCAUUGAACUCUUUAUACAUUUUUGGUAUAAUUUAGUGUACCGUGGUGGGUGCCUAUAGAGAUCUACAACGUAAUGUAAAACGCUUUAGUUUAAAUCAACUCGCUUAGAAAUAGUCUGUCAAAAAGAAACUGCAUAAAUCUUCUUUCGAGGAUAAUAACAAAAAAUCACAAAUCGUACUCUUGGUAUAAAUCAAAAAGAACAUAUUCUCUUUGGAUCAAACAACUUCAAUCAUCAAAAUUUCUGUGGAUCUAAAAAAAAUAGUAAAAAUAAGGUAAAAAAUAAAAAUAAAAUGGUAACUCACGGCUUACUCAGAAAUAUUUACCGGAUAGGACAAAAACUAAUUAUAAAUUCCAAUAGUUUAUUGAAAAUAGCCAAACAUGGAAAAAUUAGUAUGGAAAAUUAUAGUACUGGCCCGGCCGGUAUGAAAGUCACUAUUUGUGGAGCAGCCGGCGCUACAGGUCAACCUUUAGCGCUGCUACUAAAACAAUGUCCGUUAUUAGAUGAAAUAGCGCUUUACGAUAUAACUGCAACGUGCGGCUACGGUAUGGAAUUAAGUCACGUAGACACAAAGUGUAAGGUGUCAUCGUUUUCUGGACGACAUAUGCUGUGCGACGCUUUAAAGGAUUCUAAAGUUGUUGUAAUUGUGGCGAGAAACGAGUCGGAUACGUUUGAGUCUAGUGCGCCGGUUUUGACCGAACUCACAUUACAGAUCUGCAAUACGUGUCCAUUGGCAUUUACUAUAGUAGCAACGGAGCCAGUAGAAGCCAUGGUACCACUUGUAGCCGAAAUACAAAGAUUGCGUGGCGUGUACAACCCUCGGACGUUGCUCGGCUGUGUGGAACUGAACUGUGUGAGAGCUAACACGGUAUUGGCGGACUUCUUGAAAGUACCCCCCGAGGCUGUAAGGGUGCCGGUCAUUGGAGGCGCUUCUCCCAAUACAAUGGUGCCGGUGCUGUCGGCUGCUGUACAUCCUUGCACUAUGACGCAAGAACAGAUAGAGUGCGUAACGUCUUGCAUUAUGAGCGGAACAGAAGCAGUGUCGUGCGCGAAGGGUUGCAGUACGGAAACCGCGAGUUUGUCGGGUGCCUAUGCUGUGGCUCGUAAUACUAUAAACGUUGUGAAGGGUCUCCAGGGCGCUAAGAACAUUGUGCAGUGCGCGUAUGUGGACAGCCUCGGUACCUGUGCACCGGAUUGUCAAUUCUUUGCAAGUGAGGUAAUAUUAGGAUCGUCUGGAGUUGAGAAGAACUUAGGGGUUCCCGAAUUGACAAAGUUUGAAAACUGCUUACUGUGCAAUUGUUUGCCGUAUGUUAGAAAUGAAAUCGCUCGUGCUGUUUGGCUGGUGUACACGAUGUGCCAGGAGUGCUGUUGCUCGACUUGUUACGCGCACCCGUGCACUUGCUUCACCCCGCCGAUAGUGCCUUGCGUGCCGCCUUCGAACUGGACAUGCGACUGUCCUGACGCGUGCCGCGAUGAAUAUCUAGCUUCGGUUUGCAGAGAAAUGACUUGCAAGUGUGGUACUACUGAGUUAUGUUGGCGACCGCGCGAGUCUGACUACGACGCGGCGCGGGCCGCCAACUUAACGCAUCAAAUGCCGCUUAAAGGUUGCGCUUGCUCAGAAUGCAGAGUUCCUAGAAGCAUAAGAAUCGAACAGGAGCUCAGAGAAAAGGCUAGGGAUCCGUGCCUGUCUAAUUUAUGAAAUGUUCGUGGAGAUUCUUCUAAAGAUGGUCGGAGGGCGUAAUAUAUCAACAAAAAAUCGAACUAUUUCCCAAGAGCUCACAGAUAGAAGAAAUUGGGAAAACCUUUGCUUUAUUGAAAUGUAAAAAAUAUCGAAUGUCUCUGAUAAACCCAACAAAGAAAUAAGUGCACGUAAUGUAAUUUUAUGGAAAAGCUCAAUAAAAAUCAGGAAAAUA